CGCCGGUGCUUUCUUAAAGGGCCAGUACACCGCAAAGUGGCGUUUUCAACAAAUUGCCUCCUUUGUUGUCGACGCGCGGAAUGGAUUACACGCCACAUUGAUGCAUCGGGCGUUUUGAUUAUAAGACGGGCAAACAAGACGACGAGUGGCGGCGUAAAAACGCCGGAAGUGACCGCCGAGCGCAUCGGCCGUUUUUUACCGCAGUGCAUCCGCAGCAUCCUCUCGACUGAGAGGCGAGAAGUGCUGUGCUGUGGCGCAGCAACGUCGCUGGAAACCAAGCACAGGACGGAUCUAUUCUUCAUUUAUUGUUCAUCUAUUGUUAGAUAGAUGACUUAUUCCCAAAAAUAGGACAUUACUCCAACCGUAGAAGAAGGCCUCCAAAAUUGAGCACAGUAAACCGGGAUUAGGGAUUAAAUAUUUGUAUUCAGGUUUGCGCUAAAUACCAUUUUAAUGCAUGCCAAUUCAAACUUGCAUGUCGCACGUAUGAAUAUUUCCGAGCACACUACCGGGAUUUGUGCGUGUGUUCCCUGCAGGCAGCUUUAAUGGCGUCCCUGUGCAUCCCUCGUUAGAAAAAAAAACCCUCAGGGGGGGAAAGUAAUCUAAUUUCAGGGUGAAUAUAUCCGGGGAACACUGUGAGUCAUCACUCCACCUGGAAUGUUUGACAAAAAGUCUUCCAUUAAUUAAAAAGUCAGCAGCAAUAAUUAACCAAAGGAGGCUAUUUUGCACAUUACAAUGCAUGCUGGUUGAUUUAUUUAUGAUUGUAGUCUGCACUUAAAUCGGCAGUGUUCUUAAAAUAAAAGCAUCAAUAACAAUCAAUAAGUAGAUUAAGAACCUUUUGCGUGGCCUAUCAUCCAAUAACAUGACGCCAAUCCAUACCCUGCUCCUUUUCCUCUCCUGCACAUUGUUUGUGCACCAGUGUCACGGGGCGUGUGCGGAGGUGGACUCGGACACAGAGGCGGUGGCGGGCCAAGGCUUCAAACUGGGCUGCAUCUCCUGCAAGAAGAGGAGUGAAGUCAAAGCCUCCGCCUCGGUGGAAUGGUACUUCCAGGCCGAUGGGGAGUUUGACUUUGUGCAGAUCUACACCUACGAGGAUGGAUCCCCCACUGAAAAAGAGGACUUUAAAGGCCGCCUGGAUUGGAACGGAACCAAGAGGAGCAGAGACAUCCAAGACGCGUCGAUAUAUCUGCUCAACGUCACCUUCAACGACUCGGGCACGUACAGCUGCUUCUUCAACCGCAUCCUCAGCUUUGACAACUACGAGUAUACCACCACCAUCAACAAAGUGGUCCACCUCAAAGUGGUGGCGAAAGCCACCAGAGGCACGGCAUCCAUUGCGUCCGAAGUCAUGAUGUACGUGUCCAUCAUCGGCCUGCAGGUGUGGCUCCUCAUCGAGAUGAUAUACUGCUACAGAAAAAUAUCAGCAGCCGGGGAAGAAGCAUUAAGAGAAGCCGCGAAUGCAGAAUAUUUAGCAAUUGCCUCAGAAAGUAAAGAUAACUGUGCAGGGGUGCAGGUUGGAGAAUAGCAAAAGGCUUCCAACUGGGACUGAAAAGAUCCUGUGAUACGUCCCGCUAACUGCAUGAAAACAACUUUGUAGGGGGGGUGAUAGAACAGACAUCACCUUCAUCCUAAGUCUUCUGUUGAAUCUUCCCUUUUCCUCCAUAAAGACCUCAAAUGCACAUGAAGCACAGCGAGAGAGAAGAGACAGCAUGGUACCAGCACUGUAAAUAUUUUGCUACGCACAAAAGCAUUAUGCAUUAAUGAGCCACAUUGUCACAAGCAUACACUGUACUCAUAACAAAGUAUUAGCUCCACAUACUGGACAUUUAUGAGAUGUACGGUUUGUGAACGGAAGCUUUCUACUAACUCACCACCAGCCCAAUGUAUGAUAAACACCCAACAUGUAUGUUAUUCAUGAAAUAGAAUGUGGUGAACUAUGAUGGCAAACUCCCAUGCACCACAUCCAACCAGUCUACAUGUGCUUUGAGAACUUGGAGAAGGCAUUCGACCGUGUUCCCCGGGAAGUCCUGUGGGUAGUGCUCAGAGUAUGGGGUAUCGGACUGUCUUAUUGUGGCGGUCCGCUCUCUGUAUGAUCAGUGUCAGAGCUUGGUCCGCAUUGCCGGCAGUAAGUCGGACACGUUUCCAGUGAGGGUUGGACUCCGCCAAGGCUGCCCUUUGUCACCGAUUCUGUUCAUAACUUUUAUGGACAGAAUUUCUAGACGCAGUCAGGGCGUUGAGGGUAUCUGGUUUGGUGGCUGCAGGAUUAGGUCUCUGCUUUUUGCAGAUGAUGUGGUCCUGAUGGCUUCAUCUGGCCAAGAUCUUCAGCUCUCACUGGAUCGGUUUGCAGACGAGUGUGAAGCGACUGGGAUGGGAAUCAGCACCUCCAAGUCCGAGUCCAUGAUUCUCGCCCGGAAAAGGGUGGAGUGCCAUCUCCGGGUUGGGGAGGAGAUCUUGCCCCAAGUGGAGGAGUUCAAGUACCUCGGAGUCUUGUUCACGAGUGAGGGAAGAGUGGAUCGUGAGAUGGACAGGCGGAUCAGUGCGGCGUCUUCAGUAAUGCGGACGCUGUAUCGAUCCGUUGUGGUGAAGAAGGAGCUGAGCCGGAAGGCAAAGCUCUCAAUUUACUGGUCGAUCUACGUUCCCAUCCUCACCUAUGGUCAUGAGCUUUGGGUUAUGACCGAAAAGACAAGAUCACGGGUACAAGCGGCCGAAAUGAGUUUCCUCCGCCGGGUGGCGGGGCUCUCCCUUAGAGAUAGGGUGAGAAGCUCUGUCAUCCGGGAGGAGCUCAAAGUAAAGCUGCUGCUCCUCCACAUCGAGAGGAGCCAGAUGAGGUGGUUCGGGCAUCUGGUCAGGAUGCUACCCGAACGCCUCCCUAGGGAGGUGUUUAGGGCACGUCCGACAGGUAGGAGGCCACGGGGAAGACCCAGGAAGAGUUGGGAAGACUAUCUCUCCCGGCUGGCCUGGGAACGCCUCGGGAUCCCCCGGGAGGAGCUGGACGAAGUGGCUGGGGAGAGGGAAGUCUGGGCUUCCCUGCUUAGGCUGCUGCCCCCGCGACCCGACCUCGGAUAAGCUGAAGAGGAUGGAUGGAUGGAUGGAACUA